AUGCUUGCAUACUUGAAGUUCCAGUGGUCACUUGGUGAGGAUUCAAAGCGCAGAGAAGCAUUUGUUAGGAUACAGGAUUUAGCUAUGGAAUGUUCAAAUGUACCCAAUAUUCAGCCAGUUAAGCACUCGGUCUUCACUAGUGGUUUAAAUCCAAGUGUUCCUCUCUUUGCUCGUGUUUAUCUGAAUCUUGGCUCCUGGAAGUGGACACUUUCUCCUGGACUGGUUGACGAAUCCAUAAAAGAUAUACUCGAUGCAUUCUCAAAAGCUACUCAAUAUGCAAAUAAAUGGGCUAAAGCUUGGCAUAAAUGGGCAUUGUUCAAUACAGCAGUGAUGUCUCAUUAUACUUUAAGAGGUUUCCCAGACAUUGCAGCACAGUUUGUUGUUGCUGCUGUCACCAAAUACUUUCAUUCUAUAGCAUGCGCAGCAAAUUCGAAAGUUGUUGACGGGAGUUUAUAG